AUGGCCUGGGUGGGAAACCAGACUCUCAUCUCCCAGUUCAUCCUCUUAGGCCUCUUCACCCACUCACCGCUCCACCUCUUCCUCUUUUCCGUCAUCGUGAUCAUAUUUCUGGUGGCCCUCUCUGGCAACGGGCUCAUGAUCCUCCUCAUCAAUGUCAACUCUCGCCUACACAGCCCCAUGUACUUCUUCCUCAGCUGGCUGUCACUCAUGGACCUCAUGCUCAUCUCCACUAUUGUGCCACGGAUGGCUGUUGACUUCCUUGUGGGCCAUGGCUCCAUCUCCUUCACAGGCUGUGGGCUCCAGAUUCUCUUCUUCCUCACCCUCCUGGGGGAUGAGUGCUUCCUGCUGGCCUUCAUGGCCUAUGACCGCUAUGUGGCCAUCAGCAAACCACUGAGGUACUCAAUGGUCAUGAGCCGCCGCGUCUGCUGGCUCAUGGUAUCUGGGUCCUGGCUCUUUGGCUUGGUAGAUGGGCUCAUCCAGGCCAUCUUCACCCUCCGCUUCCCCUUCUGUGGCUCCCAGGAGAUUGACCACUUCUUCUGUGAGGUUCCCGCCGUGCUCAAGCUGGCCUGUGCCGACACCUCCAUCUAUGAGACCAUGAUCUAUGUCUGCUGCAUCCUCAUGCUGCUCCUGCCCUUUUCUGUCAUCUCUGCUUCCUACCUGAGGAUCCUGAUGGUUGUGCUCCGCAUGAGUUCUGCUGAAGGUCGUCAGAAGGCCUUUGCUACCUGCUCUUCCCACAUGGUGGUGGUCUCCCUCUUCUAUGGGGCUGCCAUAAUCACCUACAUGCAGCCCCAGGCCUACCACUCCUCCAAGCAGGACAAAGUGGUCUCUGCCUUCUAUACCAUGAUCACCCCUAUGCUCAACCCACUCAUCUACAGCUUGAGGAACAAGGAAGUGACUGGGGCACUCAGGAAACUCCUCGGUAGGUGUUCCUAUGGUGGGUAGAAGGGCUAGGUUGUCACUGGCACCUGCAGAUGUGGGUUCUGGGGCCCAGGAACCUGGACUAGGCAACCAUAGUUUGAUUGGAAGAGAAACAAAUAGACCUACUGAAAAUAAGGUCAUUCUCUAACCAGAGUUAAUCAGAUUAACACAUCAAUUCAAUCUCGCAUGUCCAUGCUGAGUGUUUGCAAUGUGGAAGGAUGGCUAGGCCUAUAGGGUUCAAAAGACCAGAAGAUACAGAGCCUAUAUCCCACAGAGUCAGGAGGUGCUAGCUCUCAGCU